AUGGGUUCUGCAACGGCUGUUCGGAGACUCAACCUUUUGACUAGGACUAUAGGGACUGGAACUCGGAUUGGAAGUAUGAAGCAUCGUGUUACCGUUAUCGGGUCAGGGAAUUGGUGGGGAUUCUCUCUCUCUCUCUCUCUCUCUCUUUUUCCUCCCCCCUUUCUUCCUUGAUUCCCGUGAGCUAAUUAGGAUGCGGAUAGGGGGAGUGCAAUUGCAAAGAUUGUAGCGGAGAAUACGAAGGCUAAUCCCGAUGCUUUUCACGAGGAGGUCAAGAUGUUUGUUAUCCUGGGAGCCAUCCCUCCCUCCCGCCUUUCCUCGAGUAGUAUGACUGAUCGACUGACUGGUGAUGGUGACGAUGGCAGGUGGGUGUUUGAGGAACAAUACCAGCUCCCGUCCUCGCACCCUCGCUACGACAAGAGCAAGCACUCCGGGCCUCAGAGCCUGACCAGCAUUAUCAACUAUAUUCACGAGAAUCCAAAGUACCUUCCCGGCAUCACUCUCCCCCCGAACCUGUUCGCCACGCCGUCGCUCCCCGACGCCGUAUCCGAGGCAUCGAUCCUGAUUUUCAACGUGCCGCACCAGUUCGUUUCCAGCAUUUGCCGGCAGAUCAACGGGUCCUGCCUGCCCUAUGCUCGAGCCGUUUCCUGCAUCAAGGGUGUGGAUGUCUCGCCGGAUGGGAUUAGCUUGUUCUCGGAUACGAUCGGCCGCAAGCUAGGAAUCUACUGCGGGGCCUUGAGCGGCGCAAACAUCGCUUCCGAGGUGGCGGCAGAAAAAUUCUCCGAGACAACCGUUGCGUACGCUCCCCCGGAGGGCCCUACCGGUGACUUUCCCCAGGGCCUGACGCCAGUCCCCGAGGAGCUCCCCGCCGUCGAUCACGUGCUCCUCAAGACUUUGUUCCACAGGCCGUACUUUCACGUCCGCGUCGUGAGCGACGUUGCCGGUGUCUCCCUCGGAGGAGCUUUGAAGAACAUUGUUGCACUGGCGGCUGGGUUUGUCGACGGCUUGGAGUGGGGUGAUAACGCUAAGGCUGCUGUGAUGCGUGUGGGGCUUCUCGAGAUGCGCAAGUUUGGUAAGAUGUUCUUUAGCCAAUCAUGCAGGAGCGCCACCUUCACGGAGGAGUCGUGCGGUGUCGCCGACCUGAUCACCUCGUGCAAUGGAGGGCGCAAUCACAAGUGCGCCAGGCUUAGCGUGCGCACCGGGAAGAGCAUCGAGACAGUCGAGAGCGAGGAGUUGAACGGACAAAAGUUGCAGGGCACCAUCACGGCCAGGGAGGUCAACGUCUACUUGAAGAACAAGGGACUCGAGGAUGAAUUCCCGCUUUUCACGGCCGUUUACAAGAUUCUCAAUGGGGAGACCAACGUUAGUCAUCUAUCCCUCUCCUACCUCUCCUUUAUCCGCUGGCUAAUUACCAACUCGGUAUGUGAUGCGCAGGUUGAAUCUUUACCCCAGCUGAUAGAAACUGAUUAGCGAUUAUAUGAUACCCGGUGCCAUAAUACAUCGUUGCUUUUUCUUUCUUUUUUUUCUUUUUUUUGCUUCUUUCAUAACUCGUUACGCUAAAACAGUAAUGUGUGAUAGGUGGAAUGGGGUUGUUGGGUUGCUUGGUGGUUUCCUGUAUCCUUUUGUAACGGCUCCAUAUCAGCCCGUUCCGUGCCAUAGCAUACCGGUGGCGCAAGAAGUUCUGGAGGAUGUGUAUAGGCAUCCCCAAAAGGGUUUUUGAGCAAGAGAAAUGGAAAUUUUGAAACCAGGUUUAAAUCG